AUGCGCGCACCACUUCAGGACCUCACAGGAACAGGCUCCCCAGCCAACCCGACACCCUUUAGCGCCAGCUUGGCAACCGACAAGGUCACAAGCUACAUGUGGUACGUCCACGUUCUCGUAAGAGUCAACACGGAGGACCGUCUGCGCGCGAAACUUCACCUCUUCCUCGAAAAGCACCAUCAAGGUGGCGCCGCCGCCGCCGCCGACGACGACGACGACGACCUCACCGACCAUCUGGUCCUGCGUGUCUUCGGCGACAGGAUUCUCGCGCGGCUCGUCGCCAGCCCGCCCAUGCUCGAACAGGCCAGCGGCUACACGCGUGUUCUCUCAGACAUACCCUUGCCCUUCAGGCAGGAAUUCUGUCGCCGCUUGUACUGCCUCGUCUUCAGGAAGCACAUUGUCGAAUGGCCGCAUGGGAUUUGUGUCCCCGAGGCGGUCGCUGCUGCUGAUGUCCAGCACAUUCUCCACUCAGGGCUGCGGUUGCCAGACGGCGGCGAGAUCGACUCCGAGAGCGCGCGUCUUGCACUGGAGCAUAAGAAAAAUGUUGGCGUCAAUGGCAUCUUGGAAAAGGUGACGCAACGGAGUGACGAAGAUGACGAAGAAAAAGAAGGAAAAGUACGAGAAGGAGAAGAGGACGAUGAAGAAGAAAAUGAGAUGAACGACGACGACGACGAGGCCAUGUCGCGAGGCGGAUAUUUCGGCACGGUCGCCAACCCCCUACCGGAGAUGUCCUGGCCGCAGGGCCGAGAUAGCUGCAGUUCCACGCCAAGAGGCGGCGGCGGCGGCGGCGGCGGCGAGGAGGAACAAGAGUAUUUGUCGCGCGAGCAGCCCAUACACCCCCAGUCUCUGAGGUGGCAGCUACGUGGCGCAACGCCAGAAGACUUUCAGGAUGAUGAUGGUACCACGACGAACCUACCGAGUGGCGGUGAAGCAGACAACGGGCGAGGACCACUGGGUAUUGUGGUCGGCGAGAUCCCUUGGGGUACACGUGUGCGGAACCAAGCGCAACAUGAAACCAUGUGA